UGUUGUUCAAGUUCACAUUACACCAAAAUCUGCUAAAACAGUGUCUCAUCAACUUAGAUACACCUUACAUGAAAUCACUAGAGUUUCACAAUCUCAUUCUAUCCAUAUCAUACCUAAUACUCCUCCUUUUCCUCAAGAUCUUAUAGAACAAAUCUUCCCUAAUUCCUCAUAUCACGAUCAACUGCGAUCAAUUAAUUCAGAAGUUUCUUCCU